CUCGAUCUGGGGCGGGCGGCGUAGCAGGCGCAUGCGUGCCCUUCUUUCGCUCAUUUGCGCUCUUAUUAACGAUGAUAAACGCAGUAAACAUUCGCGUAGAGUAGAUUCAAGAUGUAUGGUGUGAUACUUGGGUUUACGAAACAAAAAACCUACGCUAACACGGUGGUAGAAGCGUAUUUGUCUCCGAUACCAUCCCCGUACCAUGUUACCGCCAUAGUUUUUCAUUCGUGGAAAAAACCCUGUGUUUGGGUCUUUUCUGAGGUUUUACCAUAAAUUACUUUUUGUUAGUAUUUAAAUGCAUGUCAGCUCGGGCCACUCUUAAUUUUAAGCGAAGUACCAUUAUUCAGUUUCCUUACAUUUACCACGGUAUUACCAUAGUGUUCUUGGAAGUUCCUCAGAGUAACGUUUAAACUGUAAAGUAAAAUAUUAACGUUGGAUCGUAUUUAUAUACAGACUUUUUUUUUUUUACACUUCACGUUACAUGGGAUUACCAUCACUUUAAUAUAAUACUCAAUAUUUAUCUUAUGAAGACCGAGUAAUAACCUUUUAACAUUAUUUGUAAGGUCCCUGGAAAUUCCAUACAAAGUAAUAACACGACAGGACAGAUGAGGAGCUAUGACGAGUGAAAACCACGCAACAAUAAAGGCAGACUCGGCGAUGGUCAUGUCGCCCACCGGGUCCACGUCACAGGCGGCUCCUUUAUCACCCUCGACCAGCAAACCCAUCCAAGAGCUGCCAGAUGAGCUGGUUCAGGCUGGAUGGUCCAAAUGUUGGAGUAAGAGGGAGAGUCGGCCGUAUUACUUCAAUCGAUUCACUAAUCAGUCACUGUGGGAGAUGCCUGUCCUGGGCCAGCAUGAUGUCAUUUCCGAUCCUCUGGGCUUGAACGCGGCUCCAGUGUCUGGCGAGGCAAUGAGCGACGCAGGUCUGGGCAACGGUCAGCGUAAAAGACAUCCAUCGGAGGACGCUCAAGCAGGCCCUAACAGUUUCAAGAGGCCAAAGGUUGAGAUUCCAGUCACUCCAACCACUCCCACUGUCCCGAUUUCUCCGAGCACGCCAGGAGUCAAACCCUGGGUCAACACCACAGAUGAUAAACAAGGCGCGUCCAGCGUCCCUGCACCGGCUCCGUACCGGCCCUCUGUGGUGUACUGGGACCUGGACGUUCAAACCAACGCUGUGAUCCGCGAGCGAGCCCCGGCGGACCACCUGCCUCCACACCCUGAGAUCGAGUUACAGAGAGCUCAACUCACCACCAAACUACGACAGCACUACCAUGAGCUGUGCUCUCAGCGUGAAGGCAUAGAGCCCCCGCGGGAAUCCUUCAACCGCUGGCUUUUGGAGAGAAAGGUGGUGGAUAAAGGUCUGGAUCCGCUCUUGCCCAGCGAAUGCGACCCGGUGAUCUCCACAUCCAUGUUCAGAGAAAUCAUGAACGACAUCCCCAUCAGGCUCUCUCGUAUCAAAUACAAGGAAGAGGCCAGGAAACUCCUGUUUAAAUAUGCAGAGGCGGCCAAGAAAAUGAUCGACUCCAGAAAUGCAACUCCUGAGAGUCGGAAAGUGGUGAAGUGGAACGUCGAGGACACGAUGAACUGGCUGAGACGAGACCAUUCUGCCAGCAAGGAGGACUACAUGGAUCGACUCGAGCACUUGCGGAAGCAGUGCGGGCCUCACGUGGCGUCCGUCGCGAAGGACUCCGUCGAGGGCAUCUGUUCAAAAAUCUACCAUAUUUCUGCAGAAUAUGUGCGCAGGAUCCGCCAGGUGCACCUUACUCUGCUUAAAGACUGCAACAUCUCAGUGGACGGCACCGAACCGAAGGAGGUCCAGGACCGGUUGGUGUAUUGUUAUCCAGUCAGACUGUCCAUCCCGUCUCCUCCUCAGCCGCGUGUUGAGCUGCACUUCGAGAAUGACGUUGCUUGUCUGCGGUAUAAAGGGGAAAUGGUGAAAGUCAACCGCGGACAUUUCAGCAAACUGGAACUCUUGUAUCGGUACAGCUGUAUUGAUGACACGAGGUUUGAAAAGUUCCUAUCUCGUGUGUGGUGCCUUAUCAAAAGAUACCAGGUGUUGUUUGGCUCCGGAGUGAACGAGGGGUCCGGUCUGCAGGGAGCGCUGCCUGUUCCUGUCUUUGAGGCUCUCAACAAACAGUUUGGAGUUACAUUCGAGUGCUUUGCUUCUCCUCUUAACUGCUAUUUCAAGCAGUUCUGCUCCGCGUUUCCAGACAUUGAUGGCUUCUUUGGAUCUCGAGGGCCAUUUCUCAGCUUCUCUCCAGCCAGCGGCUCUUUUGAGGCCAACCCUCCGUUCUGUGAGGAAUUCAUGGAUGCCAUGGUGACACACUUUGAGGAUCUUCUGGAACGCUCCAGCGAGCCGCUGUCCUUCAUCAUCUUUGUGCCCGAGUGGCGUGACCCGCCGACCCCUGCCCUGACACGGAUGGAGGCCAGCCGCUUCCGCAGACACCAGAUGAUGGUGCCUGCCUUCGAGCACGAGUACCGCAGCGGCUCGCAGCACAUCUGCAAAAGAGAAGAGAUUUACUACAAGUCUGUCCAUGGAACGGCGGUCAUUUUCCUUCAAAACGAUGCUGGCUUUAGUAAAUGGGAGCCUACCACGGAGAGAAUCCAGGAGUUCCUGUCGGCGUAUAAGGUCUACGGUCGUUCAUUGCCCUCACCUGGUCCUUCUUCCACCAGUACAGGAGACAAAGACUCCAAACCGGUUCAGGAGCAGAGCUCGGCUACGAGUCAAGACAACAGCAGUCCUGUUGACAAGACUGCACCGGACACAACAAACAUUUAGACCGCGGCGCUGGGCGUUUGGCCACGUGCAUGUAUGUAUGUUCAUGGGAAAAAGUCUAUGAUUGUAUGAGAGGUUUAAUAUUGCGCUGUUGGGUUUAGAUGGGCACUGGACAUGUAAAUGUUCACCCAAGAAGAAGAAGAAAGACCCAUAUUUGUUUACUUUCUUCCGCCUGUAUUAUUUAAUAUUAUUUGUUUUAGGACUUUUGAGUUAUGCUUUCAUAAUUGUUGGGUUUUCUAUCAGUGUAUUGAUAGUUUGGUCACUUUUUUUGUUGGUAAAUGUAGUCAUGUAUAUCUUUUUUUAUUUUUGUUGGCCUUUUUAGGGUGAAUCUCAUUGAAAUGUCAUUUCACCCCAAGAUCGAAAGAAAACAUUUUUGCGUAAAGAAAAAACAGAAAGCCUUUUAAGUUUUUCAUUAGCAUCAUCUUCAACAAUCAUGCAAGUUUUUCCAUUUUCAUUCAAGUUUUUGUAGUUUUCGUUAUUCUAAAUGGUUAAUUUUUCAUUGCAUUAUUUUCAGUUGUUAUACAGUAAUUAUUUACUGUAUUACAGUUAAAAAGUUACUACUACAAUUAUAUUUAUAAAAAAUAAAGUCAGUCCAAAUUAAAAAACACAAUGCAACAUGUUAGCACUGGGGUUUCACUACCUAAAUAUAUUUUGCAUUACGGUAGUGAAUUAUUAUUCCUUUUUUUUUUUUUUUGCAUUACAGUGUAUAUAAAAAUAGUAUAAGAUUACAAAAAGUAACAGUUUUUAAAUGGGCUUCAUAUUCUUAUAAGCAAAAUAAAAUAGCGUAUUUCUUUGGUUUGAAAUAAGACAGGCUUUGUGAUAUUCACUCUUUAACUCUGUGCUUUUCUCACUGGCAGAAAUAUGACGCUGUCAGUGAGCUGAUGCACCGAUGCUUGUAUAUUGUUGUUUUAGAUGAUUCAGAAGACGAUCGGCGAUCAGGCAGCUAUAUUUAAAUGCCUUCAUCCUGACAUACGUUAGUGUUAGUGCUUCUCCAAGCAUUCAUCAGUUCCUGUUAAACCCGUUUCUUUUGGAGUUUAGAGGUUAUGUUUGGUUGCUUCAUGUCAGAAUAUUUACUGUAUGUAAUAACAAAAGGUCAGUAAAGAAGCAGAAAAAAUAUUUAUAAUCUAGUUUCCACCCAGUCAUCCAUCUUGGAGCGAAAGCCAGUCAGUUUUCUUUUGUUUCUAAAAUAUUGUACAGAACUCGAUAGCCAAUCUGAAAUUGUAGAACCGUAAGGAUUUUCUACUUUUAUUGCGUUCUUGGUUUCUGUACAGUACAAGCCUGUCCUAAUGUGGCAUUCUGGGUCACAUCAGUUGUAGCAUUUAGGUCUAGCAAGUGGAAAAAGAAAAGUACAAUUUCUUAUUAGUUAUGAAAGCAUUAUUCCAACUGUUUGUGGUGUUUUAUUGAGAAUUAAUUAGAUUGUUAAUAUGGUGUAACUUCCUCUCAUUUCGGGUGUUCAAAAGGAAGCAGUAAAUGAGUGGCUUAUUCUUUCUUUAAUAAUUGCAUUGGUGUCCAGUUAUUAGAAUUGGUUGCUAUUGCCUUGAUUUCACAGUUUCGUGAAAAGUGCUUUAAAAGUUGACUUUUUGUUUUUUAUUCUAAUCAGAGAUUUGUUUACGUGAUGCUAUUGGUUUAAAUUGUAUCACUGGGCAGCGUUUUGAAUGUACAUUUAAAAAAAAAAAAAAAGGAAAAGAGCAAAGUUAUUGAUGGAUUUGUUGCUACAAUUGGACUUGAAAUGUUGCUAUUAUUAACACUACAAUGGUGGAUCUUAUUUUUUGUUUGUUUUUGCCCUGCGAAUACGUAUGUAGAAAUUCAUAUUGUACGCCCAAUCACCUCCAAGAAAGUAUAGGUUUGUUUUGUUGUUUUUAUUAGUGGACUACAUUGUCUUGAGGCCAAACUUGGGAAAUGGCUUUUAUAUAAAAGUUUAAAAGCAUUCCAGUGGUUUGACGUGUAAUGUAACCCAGCUUGCCUUUCAUAAAAUCCAAUAUAACCCUUGGUUUAUACAUUGGGCACUUGUUGGAUAUCUUAGUCCCAGUGGAUCACCAGCAAAACUGUAGAUGUUGUACAGAACAUGGCUAUGAAGUUUGUCGCUUUCCUACAUGGCUCUUGUGCGUUUAUUUGGAAAGAAACAAAAGAUGUCUUUUUCACCAUGCUUUUAAUUUUAACAUUUUGGUUCUAAAUGACUGUUUAUGAAUUAUAAAAAUUAUGAAAUGGUUGUUUUAAACUAAGCCAAAGUGUUAUUAAAAGAGGAGGAUUUUAUCUUGUAUCUUAAAGUAGAAUGGUGUACGAUCGCAUCAGUAAUGCAUACAGUGUAACCAGCAAAAUCAUCCAUUUAUUCAUAACUUUAUUUUUAUAACCUUUUUUUCUUUGUUUUCUUACAAAGGUAUGUUUGGGUUUUUGUUUUGCAUGACCUGAUAUUUUUCAUUACAAAAAAAAAGAAAAGAUGAAUUGUACAGAUCUGUAUUGUUUAAUUAGUCGUACGCUUUGCCACACUAGGCUUUUAAACGAUUUGUAUUUAUCAGUCAUGUUGAUUGGUUUAUAUUUGGUCGCCAUUGCGUUUGAUUCAGCGUCCUCUAAAAUGCCAUGAAUGUCUCCCCUGUAAUCUUAUUCUGAUGAAGACAAAGAUUCAGUGAAUGUAAAUAUGUCUAUGCUUAUAUCAUUUUUCUUCUGCCUGUAUAUUAUAAGUGUUGUGGCAUUUCCCAUCACCUAAAGUGGUAUAAAGUUUUUCCUCUGAAUCAGAAAAGCUCUCAGUAAAAUAUUGGAAUCAUG